UUCUAUUUGCCCAGAGCUAUAUUUUGUUCAGAAACUCUGUCCUGAGAGGGGAUUAAAGAAGGCAUCCAGCAAGGACUGAACAAGGAAGGGAGGCAUCAGUGGAACAAGGGUGAUCUUCUGCUGCCUCCCAGAAGGAUGGAGGUGUACAACGUGUCUGUUCCCUUCAACUUCUCCCUGCCGCCCAACUUCGGCAAGCGCCCCACGGACCUGGCACUGAGCAUCAUCCUGGUGUUGAUGCUGCUCGUCAUCAUGCUCUCUCUGGGCUGCACCAUGGAGUUCAGCAAGAUCAAGGCUCACUUGUUGAAGCCUAAGGGGCUGGCCAUCGCCAUGGUGGCCCAGUAUGGCAUCAUGCCCCUCACUGCUUUUGUGCUGGGGAAGGUCUUCCAGUUGAAUAACAUUGAGGCACUGGCAAUCCUGAUUUGUGGCUGCUCACCUGGAGGGAACCUGUCCAACAUCUUCAGUCUGGCUGUGAAUGGGGACAUGAACCUCAGCAUCGUGAUGACCACCUGCUCCACCUUCUUUGCCCUGGGAAUGAUGCCUCUCCUCUUGUAUAUCUACUCCAAAGGGAUCUAUGAUGGCAGCCUGGAGGAUAAGGUGCCCUAUAAGGGCAUUAUGAUAUCAUUGGUCACGGUUCUCAUCCCUUGCACCAUAGGAAUCAUCCUCAAAUCUAAACGGCCAAAAUAUGUGCCUUACAUUAUGAAGGGAGGGAUGAUAAUCUCUCUCUUAUUCAGCGUGGCCGUCACAGCCCUCUCCAUCAUCAACACAGGGAACAGCAUCAUGUAUGCCAUGACACCACACCUGCUGACAGUCUCCUCCCUGAUGCCUUUUAUUGGCUUCCUGCUAGGCUACCUUCUCUCUGCUCUCUUCUGUCUCAAAGCACGGUGCAGACGCACCAUCAGCAUGGAGACAGGAUUCCAAAACAUUCAACUCUGUUCCACUAUCCUCAACGUGACCUUUCCCCCUGAAGUCAUUGGGCCACUUUUCUUCUUUCCUCUCCUCUACAUGAUUUUCCAGCUUGGUGAAGGGCUUCUCUUCAUUAUUGUCUUCCGGUGCUACAAAAAAUUCAACCCUCCCAAGGAGAAAACAAAACUGAUCUAUACAGCUGCAACAGAAGAAGCAAUUUCAAGAGCUCAGGAAAAUGGCRUCCACAAAGGGGAAGAGUGCUCCCCUUGCACAGCCUAGCCCUUCCCUCGGCAGCCUGGAUUCUGGGCAAAUGGCAACUGAGAAAGCCAGUGUGCUCAACUACAGAGCAGCAAAAACAAAACAAAMACCAGGCUUGUCUUUCUCUAGCACUUCCAAACCACCUCAUUUCUUGCAAAGAGAAGAUUCACUUCAGCAGAAUCAAGGCUUGGUCUGCAGGACAAAGGAAGACUCGCCUAUCAUCCCCUGCUUGUACUGGUUAAAAAAAAAAUGACUUAUCCAGAGACUAUAAACUCUAUGAAGGCAAAAAAUAAUCUGCCUUUUGCCCUAGACCUCUGAACWCAGUGCCUAAUUAGCAUAUAAAACUCCAUUUCUGGGCUAAUCAAUAAAUGGCAUGUUUUACCCAUUAAUCAAAUACUCAAAUCUCCAAGUUUUUUGACCCAAAAGGAAAUAAGUGCUCAAGAACACUGCAGAAUUAGUACACAACAAAAGUUCUAAUAUAAAAGAUCACAUUUCCUUUCUUUUUGAUAUCUUUUGGAUUAUAUUUCGUGAGAAUAGUCGUGACACCAAGCAUGGAAAAGUGGACAUAAAAUGCAAAACAAAGCAAACUCAAAAUAGCAUUCACACUCACAAUGAAAUGUSGAUAUUUGAAAGGUAUCUGAAGACCAUCAGUAGUGAGAAGCUGUAACAAGGUGAAGUCAAAAAACAUAGAACUUCAUUAACAAUCUAUUCCAUCAGCUCAUGACACAUCAGUGGAAUAAAGUAACCCCCCACAUUGGAGGUACACUGUGAACUACUGUCAGAAUGGUUUCCCAAUUGGAAGAAAAAUUUGAAAUACUCUUUUUUCUAAAGAAACUUAAGCUUUUGGGGUAUUAAAUGAAAACAAGCAUUAAUAACCAAUAGGCUGGAGCUCAGUGGUAGAGUGCUCACCUCUAUCUAGCUGAUUACACCUCCUAAGACACACAGCUACCCAGAACAAAGAAAUGAAACAAGAUGUUUAGCUUUUAAGAAAGAUUAAGGUUGGACUUAAAAUGUAUUAUCCUCAAAUUACUUUUAGAGAAUUAGAUCAGAAAUAUAAGCACAAAAAACUAAGGUAAUAUCAUGCCUCACAUAAAGGCUGAUUCUGAAACUGUUUUUAGCAUUACACUCACUCUGCUUAUGACUUCUCAAGUCAUAAAACUUAAAAUUCAAAUUCCCUUUUUGGAACAUUAAUAACCCAGUUACCUGCCAUUUUAAAAUCAGUUUUUU